UGUCAGUCGUGGAUGAAUGGCCAAUAGCAGCAGUGGAAGGGUGAUGUGGAUCUGAAGGACAGAUGAGGUUUUCCCCCGCCUCUACAGGAAGAGGAUCGUGGUGAGGGGAGGCAAUGUGCGCGAAUGAAGGGGUAGACGCUUUGAAAGUAUAAAUAGUGUGACUUCAAUAACGGAUCGGCAGCAAGUCUAUACACUCUGCAACAAGAGGAAUUGUGAAAGAUCACAGCAACUCGCAUUUAGGCCGACAGAGAAAAACAGAGUUGAUGUCUUAUGGUAGACUGCUAAGGAUAUAAAAGGAAAUUUUGUGUGUGCUUUUUCUCUCUCCUUUUGGGAGCAGUGAUGGAAGAACUUACCGCAUUUGUGUCCAAAUCUUUUGAUCAGAAAGUGAAGGAAAAGAAGGAGACGAUCACUUACCGAGAGGUACUGGAGGCUGGUUCGGCAAGAAAUAGGGAGAGCCUGUCGGGAGAACCGGUUCGCGAGGAAGUUAACGGUAUCACACGGGGCUCGCGCUCGUCGCCGGUCAGCGAAGCGGACCUGAUAGUGUCAGAAAAGAGCAGAGAAACAAUGAGUCCCAAACUUACAGAGGGUUGUACAGAGAUGAAGGAACGCAAAGAGGAUUGUAAGCCUCUGGAGGAUGAGACGCAGACUAAAAUCAAACAGAGAAGGAGUCGGACUAACUUUACCCUGGAGCAGCUGAACGAGCUGGAGAGACUGUUCGACGAGACUCACUAUCCGGACGCCUUUAUGAGAGAGGAGCUAAGCCAAAGGCUUGGGCUGUCGGAGGCCAGAGUACAGGUUUGGUUUCAGAACCGACGGGCUAAGUGCAGAAAGCAGGAAAAUCAAUUACAUAAAGGUGUUCUCAUCGGAGCUGCGAGUCAGUUUGAAGCGUGUCGGGUCGCUCCAUAUGUCAACGUGGGAGCUUUACGCAUGCCAUUCCAACAGGUGCAGGCGCAGCUGCAGCUUGACAGCGCCGUGGCCCACGCGCACCAUCACCUGCACUCGCACCUGGCGGCCCACGCACCGUAUAUGAUGUUUCCGGCCCCGCCGUUCGGGUUGCCCCUGGCGACGCUGGCAGCGGAAUCAGCCUCCGCGGCAUCGGUGGUAGCGGCAGCUGCCGCCGCGAAAACCACCAACAAAAACUCGAGCAUCGCGGACCUGAGACUGAAGGCAAAGAAACACGCCGCGGCGUUGGGACUGUGAUGCCACAGCGUUUCGGCGGGCAGCGGUUGCUUAUCAGAAAUAAACAACAGAAAAAGACAUUAUUUAUGUUUCUUAUGAAGGACGUAAUUAAAGACGAGUUAUUUAUGAAACCGUUCAGUGGAAAAGCACUUCGUGGAUCGAGGGACGUGAACUACUACGACAAAAGUUGAACUCAAAGGGAACUUUUGCAGAAGACUGCGGAUGGGAAAAUUAGAUGUUGCCAGGGACGAGUUGAAUACUGAAUAUUUAAGGCAGCUGGGACGCUUGUUCAACUGUUGGUGUGACAAAGCGAACAUUUCUGCUUUAAGACAUUAAUCGUGAAAAUUAAGAGGCUGGCCUCGUUUUAUUUGCGACAGAGUUUCUCUGUGGAUAUUUGUGAACUAUUACAUAAAACUACUGCAUUGGUGUUAUUAAUUGAGGAUUCUUACUUUUGUUAACCAACAUAAAAGCUACAGUGCAACACAUACGUUUCUGUCCUCACGGAUAACGCACGAGUCGAUGGGAACUGAUCACUGAAUGUAUGGUGAACAGAAGUAGGCCUACGUCUAAUUUAUUAUUCAAAAAGUGUCCGAUACAGCGAAUUCCAAUGGUGCCCAAUUGACAUGAACGCAAAGCCUGGGUGUAUGAAUCAAAUUUAGGCAAUAACUUGAUACUGAUAUGGUACGGACACAUGUAAAAUAUGUUAAUGGAAACAAAAUGACUUUAUUUAUUUUGUGCUUCAUCAAGACAUUGUGGGAACACUCUUUCUUUUCAUUCUUUAUCAUCUCUUUCUCGUGUGUAAAACCAUGUGAAUCUCUUAAGUGUAGUGUUUGUUUUAUAAGGAAUAUAGUAUAAACGUCAAAUGCGGGGACGACUCUCUAAGAGAAAUCGGUGGAAGCCAUUUUUUUAUGAAAUCUUAUGAUUUUAUCAUGACUAUGAAACAUGAGAUCACUUGAACACGGUGUUUUGAUUUAUAAAAUAAAUGAACAUGUUUUUGUAACAUCCGUUUUUUGUAUUAUUUUUAUUCCAAAUUUACUUUAAUGAAAGCGUUGGAAUUCAGAAUCUUUCGCUUAUAUUUCAACUUCAGUCUUUUAAAAUUGGUCCUGAAAGCGGUGUCUAUUAAUUUUAAUAAGUUUAAUUAAUAAUUUAAUUAUUGAUUUUAAUUAAAAAAUGACACUUUUAAUAAUGAAUAGGAAAUACAUUUUCAAAAUGAAAAUACAUCGUUUGCGCUUCGGCUGUUGUCUUCAUUUGACAUAGGCCCUACAUACUGUGACUGAAGUAUUAAACUGCACAUUUUACUUUUUUAGAUUUUGGAUAGGCCUACUGUCUAUAGUCUGGAGUAUUGUUAUAAUAUAUGUAGGCUAUGUCUAUAGCAAAAUAACUCAUAGCCUACAGAAGUUAGAAAGAGAGAGAGAGAGAGAGAGAUACAAAAGCUGUCACUGGGAAAGUAACUUUAAAAAAAUCCUUAUAUUUAGGUAAAUAACUUUGAGGUAAUAAUAUACAGCUUUUAGGUUAAAAUGUGUACUUUUUGAAAGGCUAAACCUAUGGCCCCAGUGACAGCUUUACCGUUUGUCUGGGUGCAAAAAAAUAAAUAAACUACGGGUACCAAAUCAUUAAGGCAACACUGUAACGUGUAGCUGCGUACGUAUUUGCAAAAAUAUAUGAUAGACUGCACAGUCUGAACAUUAAUUAAUUAAUCUACGUUAAACAAAUGUAGAAUAAUAUAAGAUCUUAUAUGCAAUUCUACAACUUUUGUUAAUGUUGAAAGUGAUUUCCAAGUGUUACUCAUAUUAUUUACCAUUUACAUAUGAUUCGUCCUAAGUUUUUUUAUGGUGAGCAUCAGUGCUUAUGCUUGUUGUGGAGGAACAUACAGUAGGGAGACAAUACAAUCAUCCAGUGUUAAAGAAAAUCCAGGAUAAUACAUGUAACGUGUGGAGACGUAAGAGAUAAUGUACAGUGAGCCAGUUGUUAUCGCAGAAUAAACUGUCAGACUGAUGUCUCACCCUGGUUUUUAUCACAUAGCCUAUCUCGGAAUGUCCUAACGGACCAACAGAAUAAAGUAUUGCAAUAAUGUAUUUUAAAUGGCUGAUAUUCAUCUAAACUAAUAUUCACUUAUGGGCAUGAUUUUCAUGCACAUUUAAAAACGCCUGAUUUAAUUGUGAGUAAGCCCUCUGGUCCAGUUACUGCCUGGAUUUCGAUACACAGAACAAUGUCUUGACUUGGGCUAUUAAUUAAUAUUGCUUUAACCAAUGUGUGGGAUGAAGGAGGCUUGUGUAACCUGCUCUGGACGCCAGUGUUAUUGAAUUAUUGAUUCAUGCUACUGUCUAGUGGAGACAAACAUGUGAAUGAGGAUUGUUGCAUAGAGGACAAAAGGUGGGGUUUACAAGUAAUGAAAAUUAAUAUACUUAAAUAAGACAAAUUAAGAUAAUUUAAAAAAAAGUAUUUUCGUGAUUUCAAUCAACUAACUUGAUACAUUUAAAUUGGGACUACAUAAUUGAUUCAUAUUGUAUUAAAGCAGGUAAACAUUUUAUUUUACUUAAUUGAUUUACGUUGGGACUACAACACAUACAUUUUUUUUUGCUGCUUUAACUAAAACUGCAUGAAUGCAAGUUUGGUACGCUUUGCAUUGGACUAAAUUCGUAUUGAAAUUAUGUGUUUUUUACGGAUUUUUGAGCAAAGUCAAAGUCCUAUUGUUCAUAAUUAUUAUUAUAUUUAAGUGUUUCUGUUGUUAAAGUUUUUGUGUCAUUGUGCUGAAAAGUAGCACUUGCUGGUACAUGACGAUUAUGUAUGUCAGUCAAGCUCUGCUUCUGUGUCAAACAAUGGAAAAUAUAUAACUAAAUUUGAUUUAAAAAGUUGGAAACAAAUCUAUAUUGUUGGUUUUGUUAAGUGGACUUACAAACCGUAUAAAUGUAUUUGUUCUGAUGAACACAAAGAAAGAUAUUUUGGGGAAUGUUUGUAACCAAACCGAUCAAGAACCCCAUUCACUUCUAUAUUAGUCUUUUUUU